CAACUACUAAUGUAUGGCGCUAACUGUUGUUAUGGCUCCCGCUGUUUCGGUCCCAUCAAUAAUAUCUGCCAUGUUCGUUCUGUUGACAAUUUCUACAAGAAUAACUGGAUAUCAUUGAUUAUUUUUAAUAAUUAUUGGGUACAAUAUGGAUGUACGCGGUAUAGAAGUAACAAAUCAGCUCCGGAGUGCGAUACGUGCGAAGCUACUAGAGUUGGGUGUACGCUACGAUGAAGAACUACCGGAUUACAUUCUCGUAAUGGUCGUAAACAAAAAAACUCGUCAGCAGAUGCAUGAGGACCUGAAUUUAUUUCUCGAAAAUAACACAACUCCCUUCGUCGAUUGGUUGCAUGAUCAAGUAUUGAAGAAACUUCAGAAAGUUACAAUUGCCAAAAAGAAACCUUCCAGGGAAUUUGUACCAACAGUGGUUGUGAAACAGGAAGAGGAACGAAAGAAGAAACGUACCACUACCCAAGCUGAAGGGGAGAAGAACAGACAGCAAUGCAGCAGUGCUGAAAAACCAUCUUUCGAACAGCCUCAAGAACCCAUCAAUGAAGAUGCUAUCGUUGCUCUUAAUGAUUUUAAUCAAAUUGAAAAUUCAACAUUGUGGACUCCAUCAUCAGCGCCUCCACCACCUCCACCACCACCACCACCACCUCCACCGCUUCCAACAGCAUCAUCAUCAUCAUCAUCAUCAGCAUUAGCAUCAGCAUCAGCAUCAGCAUCAGUAUCAGCAUCAGCAUCAGCAUCAGCAACAGCAUCAGCACUACCACCAGCAUCAGCACCAGCACCAUCACCGCCGCCACCACCCCCAUCAUCACACCAGUGCACCGAACAGUCAUCAUUACCACUGGAAACAUCAGCAAAAUGCAUUAAUUCAGUCUCUCUGACGUCUAAACGAAUUCCCGAUCGCGAAAGCUCGGCACCUACCGAACGUCCGGAAAAACGAUUGAAAACUACAGACUCAUCGAGAAACACAUCGAGACAGUCAGACGACUCCGAAUCUGAAGAAAGGCGAAUAAAAUCAUGUAUUAAUAAGCCAAGAAUAACAUCAGUUGUGUCUGUGAAAACACGAUUAGGUUUAGUAUCACCAAGAAAGAAGUUUCAAAUCCAUAAAGAUAGGACUGACGAUGAUGAUUAUCCUUAUCGAACAAAAGAUAUAAGAUUCGAGAAGAAAUCUUAUGAGAGCUUGAACCGUCGAAAUAAUUCCAGAGGGAGAAGCUUUGAGGAUGAAGUCAGGAGAGGCACUCGAGAGGAAUCGAAUAAUCGUACAUCAUUGACGAAUAAUAAAAGCAGAAUUUUGGGAGGAAGGGAAUUGAGCGAAAAAGGUCUAUUCACUAUGAAAUCUAGAGUUGAAAGCUCUACCGGAAAUAUCAAAGAUAGAUUGGGACAAAUAUCUAAAUUGAGAAUGAAAGAUUCACAAGAAGAUAAUGGACGAAAUUUUCGGAGUCGAAUUGGAACAGUCACAAGUAAAUUCAGGGCUUUGGGAAGAUUGGGGGUGCCAAGAGUGAAUAGAUCUGGAGAUCUAAAUGAUGAAGAGUGUGAAAUUGAUGAGGACGACUCAGCUGUUCCUGUAAAAUCUCAUAUAAUUGCUAUCAAGAGUUCUACAACUGAGAAAGAUGAUAAUCGUAGCUCGAAAUUGUCAAGAAAAUUGGAGGAGAGUCACGAGAGAAAGGUGGAAAAUGAAGAGGGAAAAACGUUAGCUAGCAAGGUCAUCGUCACUCCUAGACCCCUUAAACCACUUCAACCCGUUCAAAAAAGAGCAACUCAAUCGUUAUUGCUCCGGGCAGUAGCCGAAGCCAAUCAAUCAGUGGUGAAGCAAAAAAAUCCAGAGCCGAUUACAAAGGAUAAAAAGCCAAUACUCAAACGUCUGAGACCCUCAAGUACAAGGGAAAUAGCUCAAAAUUUGUCGGUACAUCUGAAUGCCACCAAGCGUUUAGUCAUGGAGAAAAUACAAGUGGAGCUCACCAAUCCUGAUACUGAGGAUAAUGAUAGUCCAGAGCCUUACGUUCCAAGAUCAGUUACUGAAGAGCAAAUGGGUGUUGUCAUGUCUCUGUUUCAAAGGGGGGAUGACAACCAGAAAUUUCUAGUCACUUUAAAUGGAUACAAUAAUAACGUUAUGAAGGAGAAAAAUCUAUCUGAAGAUGAGGGGCCGUUAGAAAUGGAGGUCAAUGAAGAAGAUCAGUUGGUACUCUCUAAUGCUCCGAAUGAGUCAUCGACUGAGGAUUUUGGAACAUUCGAAGCGGAGGAAUUUGAAAAUUUGGGGAAGAAUGAACAAAUGGAAAACAAUGAGAAUCAUUGCAGCGACAAUUUGGAAGUUGAGGAGUCAACGAGAAAACGAAGAAAAUUGAGUCCCAUUAUUUAUACGAGGUCAUCAAGUCCUGACGACUUAUCAACAGCCGCAGUUCCGUCUGAAGUGACAGGUUUUGAUAAACGGCCGCCAGUUGCACCCGUUAUAAUCAGUGAUACUUCGAGAGAAAAAUGCCGGUAUUGGCCGAAUUGUACAUUGGGGAAGAAAUGCGCAUAUUUGCAUCCGGCUGUUCCGUGCAGUGCGUUCCCAACUUGUAAAUUUGGAGAUAAAUGCGUAUACAAACACCCAAAAUGCAAAUUUGGUUUAUCGUGUACAAAACUGGGGUGCAUAUUUUCACAUCCAUCCCAACAAUGCAAGUACCAUCCGUAUUGCACCAAACAGGGUUGCACUUAUUUGCAUUCACCAGUGCAUCCAAUUGUACCAGCUGAUCUUACGAGGGCUAAAUUUACAUGGCGUAGGAGUGAUUGAGUUUAAUUGUCAUUGUUUCAUCUGUUUAUUUUAAGUUGAUGAAUGACAUGGUAUUUAAAUUAAUUUAACAUAAUCAAAUAAAUCGAUUUUAUUGAAUAAAAAUGUACAGAAUGCAGUGGAGCUAUAGAUUGUGUAAAGUGUUUAUUUUUUUCAAUGCUGUUUUACUAAUCGCCUCAAGGUCAGGGUCAAGUUAAUAAAUCGAAAUGAAAUUUCUUUUUUAAUUCUCAAUUCUUGAUCUUAAAGCCGUUAUUGAAACAGCAUUGAAUAAGAGUGAGGUCAAUAUUGAAUUUAAUAUUAAUUUUUGUUAAUUUCAAGUCUUGGAAUAAAUUCGAACAAAUAAUGAAAAUGUGGAUCAUUCGAUAUUACAUAAAUGUCUUCCAAUGCUUACGGAAUUAAAAUUACAUCACAACAAUUUUUUCAAUCAACUUUUGAGAUUUCUGUUUUACAAUCAAAUUUUAUUGAUAAAAUAUGAUUUGUUGUAUAAGAAAAAGACUCUUAGAAUUCCUAAAUACUUUCGAACGUAUUCUAAGAUACUUUUCCGGUUCAAAAAUUGUCGUUAUUUUCUCUUCUUUUCUGUUUUUGACAUUUUUUUUCCGCUAAGAUUGCGAUAAUUCUGGAAGGAACUCUUACUGUGUCGGAAUCUAGUUAUUUCAAAUAAAUUGAUCCGUUCAAGAAGGAUACGAUUCCUUAUUAUGAAAGUAGAAACACAAAAAUGAAGUUCGCCCGAGUCGAAAUAUCUCGAAACGCGUAGCUCUGCGCG